UAGGCGUGGAGCCUACGGCUUAAUUUGACUCAACCCGGGGAAACUUACCAGGUCCGUAUCUAUAGUAGGCUAGAACAGGGUAUGGUGAAGGAUGAUCCAUCUACCGUCACUUAAGUUGGUACCCAUCCCGCCCGAUCUCAUGUUCUCCGACGGCCAUGUUGCUCUUUUGCGUUGCCGCGAACAAGACAUGUUCUACUUCGCUGUUCUUCAUAGGGUCAUCGGGGUCAAGUACAAUGACAGGCAGUUCGAUCUCCACCUGUACAACUCUAAGACAGGUAGAUGGAACACAGAGUCGAUGCAUGUUGAUUCACAGGAUUUCAGUUAUUCAUAUACAAGCACUGUGCUCGCCAUGGGUGGUGAGUUUGGUUCUGUGGGCUGGGUUGACCUCUGGCGGGGCAUCCUUAUCUGUGACCUUCUCCGGGACAAGCAUACUCUUCGCUAUAUCCCACUACCAUUGCCACUGGUCCCCAAGCCGCUCAAGGGUUAUCCGUUGUAUAUUCGGAACAUCAUUGUUCUUGAAGAUUACAUCAAGUUUUUCGAGAUGCACUACGUCAGACAAGGGUCUAGAACAGCAUGCACCGGUGGCUCUGAAGAAGGUUUGGUGGCUGCAACAAAGAAAAUGAAAAAUUCAGAUAUUGGUUCUGGGAACAGCAACUGGGAGGAGGACUGCACUAUCAAAUUUUCUGAGAUCCCAGUAGACAGCCUGAAGUUCGCCCAAGUGCUGCUUAAUCUGAAACAGAUUAAUGGCACAAAGCUAACCUUGAAUAGACUCCAUGCAGGCUACCCUGCUCUGAGCUUGCACGAAGCUGAUGUUGUUUACGUCAUGCACACACCUGAUCCCGAUGAGGACAAGGCAUCCGUGAUUGCAGUUGAUAUGAAGAACAAGAUUCUCAAAGAUGUGGCUGAUUUUGGCUCUGGAAGGCCUCUGGGUUACAAUUUCACCUACAUUCGAAGUGGGAUCUCCAAGCAUCUGAACGUUUGGUCCUCCUCCAGGUAA